ACACCAGAAAUGGACGAAAAGUGUCGAUUAUGUUUGAUUCAACUAGCAGACCAGAAAACCAAAGCCUCCAUCGCAGAGGAACAAUUUAGUGUUAAGCUAAAAACACUCUUCACCUUCCCGAUCACAUCCAUUGAAUCAUUCCCUUCCUCGGUGUGUGUACAGUGUGAAGAAAAGGUGAUUGAAUUCCACACCUACCACGAGCAGGUGAAAAACAACCAGGAUCAGCUUUGGGCCGUACGGCAUCAAAAGUAUUUCGAGGAGGUAAAGGUAGAACCUGCGCCGGAAGUGGAAUACGAUAUACUAGAACUGCGCUACGAAGAGGCGGAACCUGUUAAAGAACCGGCCAGCAUAGACGAUAACUGUAAGCAAGAGAAGAAUGAUACGAAAUGCCACGAAGAACAAACUCUCGAUAGCGACGAGCCCGACGACGAACGGGAGUUUGCCCUCGAGGAUUACAUUCCUCCAAGCAGUCCGAGCAUCAAUUCGGACGACAGUGAAUAUGAAGAGCACAAACGCACGGACAGAAAGAUGGCCACACGGUUGGGUCAAAAGCGCAGAGGUCGACCGCGCAAGAGUGACUCGCUACAAAGAACCGCCAGCCAGAAGAAAAUCUCCAGCACGAAAAGGCAGCAACCGACAGAUGAAACCAACAAACGCUUGCAGGAAUUUUACGACAUGAAAUGUGAGCUGUGCGAGGAAAAGCUGGAAUCUUUUACAGCGCUGAAAAAUCACUACUACAAACAGCACCAGGUACAGGGUUACAUCAAGUGCUGCGGUCGAACGUUUAAUAGCCGCUACCGAUUGCUGGAACAUCUGUCCUACCACGUCGGUGCCAGUAUGGUGCGGUGCGAAAUUUGCAACAAAAGCUUCAGCAGCCGUAGCUAUCUGCUGGUGCACAAGAGCCGAAAGCACGGCCAGGCGGAAGACCGACCGUACAAAUGCACCCAGUGCCAUCAAUCUUACGCAAUGGAAUGCCAUCUGAAGGCGCACAUUGUGUCCCACGUGCGUGUGAAAUGUACCAUCUGUGGCAAGGAGCUUGCCAGCUCGCUUUCACUCCGGACGCACAUGAUUAACAUGCAUGGCAAUCGGGAAAAUCACAUAUGCGAUAGCUGCGGUCGUGAGUUCCGUAGCCGGCAAGCUUUCGAGCGGCAUGUUAAGCUGCACCUCGGGCUGGAAGUGACAGAGCAAGUGCAGUGUGACGAGUGUCUCAAAUGGCUGAACAGCAAGCGUGCGCUCAAGAUGCACGUUAAGUUGGUACACACGGAAGCUGGUCAAACGUUCCAGUGCGACAUCUGCACACAACAGUGUCCCAAUAGUCGGGCGUUGACAAAUCACAAGCAGCGUGUGCACGUGGAAGAGCGUUUCAAGUGUGAGGAAUGUGGCAAACUGUUCAAACGGCAACUUUAUCUGAAGGAGCACGUGGCCGCACUGCACACACGGAAGCCAUUGUACUCUUGCGAAGUGUGUGGUGCUACGUUCAAUUCGAAUGCGAACAAAUAUUCACAUCGCAAGAACAAGCAUCCGGUCGAAUGGGAGGCACGCCGGAAGCAACAGUUACAGCAGCAACAGGAGCAACAGCAACCAAGGCAGGAAGAUCACGAACAGAAGGUCAAUGCGCAAUAUUAA